UUCUGUCGGUGCCCAGUAUAACGUCGACCGCGUAACCGAAUGCCGGUGUUACAGUGCGCUAUAGUCUUGCACAAUUUUCCUGGUGUAGCUUAAAUAAUCGAGCUUUUGCUACUAUGAUAUAGUUGGUGCUAGAUAAGCAGGUCUGGACGGAGUCGUCUUCGACGGAGUCAGCGUGGAGCGUCGUCCUCUUGCCUGGUCCAGGGGUCAGCCAGAAUGAGCCAUGGCGCAGCUGCCUUCGCCGCGCUUGCGCCACUACAGAACAAUGACGGCCAUCUGCUUCGUGUGCAACCUUCCGAUCCUCUCCCACCAAGUCGGUCUAGUAUGGCAAGGGGGCAACGGCUGGGACGACCUGGUGCGGGAACAAGUCGAAGAGUCCACCAUCCGUCAACGUCUGGGCGGUCGAAGAGACUCCGCCACUCAAAUCUGCAGCAUCUCUCCGCCGACGGAAACCCAAGAAACCUCCCCACCCACCUCGGGCACGACCCGCCGCCGUCGGAGUUCCCUCGCCCAACUCACAGACAUCCUCCGCGAAUGGGGCGGUUCGACGAAAACCCGCCAAAAACAACUGUGUCGGAGGGAAACUCUAGCGGACUUGGCACGUUCACUCCCCUGGGGGCGGCAAUCCACCACCGAAGCCGGCCCCACCCCCAGCAUCACCACCGCCCGCAAACGAAGGGAAUCUAGCGCUGACUCCGGCAUCAGAAGCAUGGGCUCCAAGUCCAGGAGAGACUCGCACCACACUGCCAUUUCAGAUUUCCGGUCGGAAGUUGCCAAAUUAUGGACGCGGAGGGAGUCCACCACGACGAUGGUCACCACCAGCACGUCGCCGAGACGUGGAAGCGGCGAAUCGAGCAAAAGUGGACGAAGAGAUUCCGUCUCACACUCACAUGGAACGUCAAGAAGGGGCUCGGGGGAGAGUGGACGUAGUGGUCGGAGAGACUCCACCACUAUUAUCACACCCCCACCUCCGAAAAUCGUAGCAGCGCAAAAAAAACGCCGAGAUUCACGUACGAUUAACGACACUCCGUAUUAUAGACAGGAACAAAGACCGUCGACUUCGUCCACUGCGUCCGAUUCAACUCCCUUGGUGACGACCCAGGAAACAACAACCCAGGUCAUGUCACCUCCAACUAUUAUAACUUCAAGUGUUACUCCACCGGCGACUUCGCCAACAGUUCAAGCCACAACUCCCACACAUCCGUUAUUGGCGACCAGACGUGACUCCACCACACAGUGUGGUCGUCUAGGACGUAGAGACUCCCGGAGUCAUGCUAGUCCCGAACGUAGCAGUAAACUAUCUCGUUUGCAGCGUCAAAACACCGCUUACGACGAGAGUUGUUUACCACCUGGGGGUUGGUCUCGGCGAGGUUCGCAACCCACGGCUUUAAGUCCCGAUGUGGACGACACCGGACGUAAAGCACGUCGUGACUCACUAAGUCCAGAUUCCGCCUCCAGGAGUCGAAGAGACUCCAGGUCGCAUCUAAGUCCAGAUCGUUCGGGUGAAAGGGAUAUUAGCCCAGUUAGACGAACCACACGAAGAGGGCGUUUACGGCGCCAGUCGACAAGCGUGGCCAGAGGUGGGGGACCACGUUCACCAGACAGUUCAAGUUGUUCAAGUCGAGAUCCAAGUCCUUCCAACCGACCUGUUCCUCCCCCAAGUGAAAAUUACCGACCGACGAUUCGACGGCAGUCAACCACCGAGGAGAUUUUGAUCGCUCGAGGGUUCCGACGACAGUCGACCACGGAGGAGAUGAUCAGAUGUCGGAACUUCCGGAGACAGAGCUCCCAAAGUGACGAUUGCCAAAGGUAUAGGGGUAGGAGGGAUUCAAGCGCACAAAUUCUAGACGGUACUAUUGCUUCCAUGACUGUUGAAACCUCCAGCACGUUUUUCGAUUCCAGUACGCAAACAGAACCUUCGCCGCUGUACGACAAUAAUCACUACCACGAGGAAUGUUUGCGAUGCAAUUCGUGCGGACUCAAUUUGACGGGUCCGAACCAGAAGCGAGCAAGACGCUUCAAAAACCAAAUACUCUGCGACUUACACUUCGCUGACGUUGCUCUCAUGGAGUGCUCCGACUUCAUGCAGCAACUUAGGGCUUUCAAGCCACAAUCACUGGGAUGUGCAGUGGCCAGAAGGAAGUCUUCAACUACCCUCAUUUUCCCUCUACCACCACAAGCCUGUUCAGAUGAAUUCUGCGAAGAAUUCCCACACAACUUCAUACCAACGCCCGGCUAUUGGAUCGAAUGCUCCAGACAAAAAAUCACCUCUGACACCAUAUGGGACGAAAGCGAAUCCGACCAUGAAAUACAGGAGGGUGACGAGGAGGACCAUACUGAUGGGACCGACCAGGAAAAUGGACACGCGUCCAAGCGACGCGAUCGCAGUUGUAACGAUUUGUACGAAGACGACGAAGAGGACGACUCGUCAUCCCCGCGCAAAAAAACCACAAUAGAGGAACAAUGGGAGAAAAACCAAGGUUUCGAGCUUACCAGCGUGGAGCAGGAAACCUACGAGAAAUAUUUCUAUGGUACAGAACACUGGAACUAUUUCACCAACGAUGAAGACCUAGGCCCUGUUAUUCUAUCGAUUAAGCAAGAAACGCUAAAUUCCCGGGAUCAAUUUAGGAUAUUAGUAAGAGCAAUCAGUUACACGGUCCACGGUCUGAUCCCAGCCAGUUGUGUCUUUGCCGAUCGUUACAAUCGUGAAGAAGUUGUGAGAUCGUUGGGUAAAGAAGUUAACAUAAAUCCGCCCCUAACCCUUGGACAACUCCCAGAUACGCCCGAAGAACUCUUAAAAUUAGAUCAAGUUUUCAUAAAAUCGGAGCUUAAAGUGGGUGUUAUCUACGUAAAAGAGGGUCAAUACACCGAAGAGGAGAUUCUAGACAAUAACGACAAUUCAGUCCUGUUUGAAGAGUUUCUGCAGCUUUUCGGUGAGAAGGUGCGUCUAAAGGGCUUCGAUAAAUACAAGGGCGGUUUGGAUACAGUGCACGAUUUAACAGGAUUAUAUUCGGUUUACACAAACUGGCGAAACAUUGAAAUCAUGUUUCACGUCAGCACUUUACUCCCCUACGAAAAGCACGACCCACAAAAGCUGCAGAGGAAGAGACACAUUGGCAACGAUAUCGUCUGUGUUGUGUUUCUGGAAGCCGAUAACACGUCGUUCUCACCGGCUUGUAUCAAAAGCCACUUUUUGCACACCUUUAUUUUAGUGCGUACUUCCCCGAGAAUUAAGAGGAAGCCCACUCGAUAUGAAGUGUCAGUCGUUACAAGAGAUGAAGUGGGUGCCUACAAGCCUUAUCUAUGGGAGCAAAGUGUUUUCGACAAGGGACCGAUGUUCAGGGAGUGGCUUCUCACGAAAAUUGUCAACGGGGAAAGGGCAAGUUAUUCUGCACCGAAAUUUGCAAGGAUGCAAGAGAGGACAAGGUCGCAAAUGCUUGAGGAUAUUGUGGCCAAUCUGCAAAACCACGCAGAGACCGGACAAAUACCCAAGCCUUACAGAAGAGGUUCGUGGCGCCCCAUUGGCCACAUGCGCCCCUCGUCCCCCUUGCUGGACAGCGUCCGCGACCAGUUCGAAGACUACGACCAAAUCGCCAAAGACUUCACCCGCAUGUUCCUCAACACGGAAUCAAACUGUUUAGCAAACGCCCAAUUAUUCGAUGUGACCUUUCUUGUCGGCCAAUCGAAACAAAAAGCGAAAUUAGUUGGUGUGCGUGCAAUUUUGGGUGUUCGUAGUCGAGUCUUCCAGGAGAUGUUGUACGGCAUUCAGACUGGUUUCGGUUCGCCGCAAGUGCCCGUAGCUGAACUAUUAGCCAGGCCAGUUCCCACUCUAUUAAGCCCCCAACAAAGUAGACCGAAAAGUAGCAACUUUCUACAAGUGCCAGACAUUGAAUCGCCACGACCCAAAAGUGUCCCCAGCUCGCCAAUGGUCAAAAGGGCCUUCUCCAGGCUGGGCACCAUCACAGCGGGCUGGGGCAGGUCCAUUAGGAAACACAACGCCCAACAACUUUCCGCUGAGGAUAAGAAGAAGUGGGCCAGCAGUCAGGACUGCUCAAAUAAAGACGGUAAGGACAAGGAGGGUAAGGACAAGCCAUCAGCAGCCCAACUGCCCGUCCCUCGCUUGAGCGUUUGCGCUGAUGCUCAAAAAGUCGAUCGAGCCAAACUGGCACAGACUGAAUUUUCUAUAAUCGAAUUCGAUCCAGACACAUUCCGGAUAUUGUUAGAUUAUUUACAUACUGGCUCUUGUCCCCUCACAUGUUCGACAAUUCCGGGCUUAAUUUGCGCAGCUGAACACUACGACCUUCCUGAACUCCUCCAAGCUUGCUUCCAUCACGCCAAACAAUUUCUCCGAAUCGAAGUCGUGUGUUGUAUGUUAUGCUCAUUGGAAAACUACUACUGGAGGUACACUUCAGCGUCCGAGUUGGUCAACAUGAUCCUGGCAUUUGUCGAAACGCGAACUUAUGCCCUUUUCACCACUCCGGAGUUUCUAACGCUGAGCGAGUCAAUGGUUCAGAUGAUCAUGUGCAGGAAUUUGGAAGUUCCCGAAGUUCGGAAGUUUGAAGCUAUGUUAGCUUGGGCGAGACACAAGAUCCGAACUAAAACUUCAAGUAAACUCGAUGCCAAGUUAGAAUUUAAGUGCAUUAUGGAAAGAUUGGCCCGCGACUUGAAACUGUACCGGAUCUCGCCGCAGGAACUCAUCAAGGUGGUGCUGCCGUCGAAGGCGAUCAAGAACGAGCGCAUCUUGGAGACGCUGAUGUUCCAGGCGAAUUCGGGGAUGUACCGCAUCCAGGACUCGUAUUUGAAAGAGUGCACCCAAAGACUGCAGAAACAAGACUCCCGAUUUUCGGAAUGGGAGUCGUUUGAUUACAGUACUUAAGACUUUUUUGUGACGAAACCCUUAGAUUAGAAGACAAUCAAUUUCUGCAUCCAUCAUUCGCGCGGCGUUGAUAUUAUGUAACAAUAAUAAAUACCACCACACACACACACAAAAAUGUAAAGCCAUGCCAACCGGGAACAAGUGAUUCAUGUUUUAUAAUAUGGGUGUGAUUGCAAGACAAUCUAUUAUGAAUUAAGUGUCUGCCUUGCGUGUACGAUUUUUUAUUCUUACAAGCAGUCUCGGUCAAUGUUUACUGUUGGUUUCGUGAAUCGGAAUUUCCUUGUUUAAAUUAAUGUGAGUCUCCAAUUAUGCGCCUUUAUAACGAUGAUUAUAUGAUGAACAUUAUUUUCAACAAACUGUUAACUGUAUUUAUAGGAAACGUGUAUCUAAUACAAGAUCUGUUUUUUUCGUACCUGUGUUGUGAAGAAUACUCGGCAGGUUACGUGGACCCUGUCUGUAUAGAGACUUGUUGCUGUUUGUAUUCGUGUUCGAUGUUUCAUAUUUGAAAAACACACACAAACCAGGUGUUUGUAAGACUAAAUAUAUUUUAAUUACUCUUAGAUAGCAAAAAAAUGUUGAAUAUUUUGAUACUAAAUAACUAAAGAAGAAAAAAAAUCAUAAAUGUUUCUUUACGCAAAUCUGUUCAAUAUUUUAUUUGACAAAUAACUAAUAAGUGUCUUAUUACAAAAUAGCAGAGCAAAUGAAACUAAGUACUAAGUAUAUUUAACAUCGUUGUCAAAUGUUGUCUGUUUUAACAAAACUUGAUUUUACUUAUUGUUACCUAUCGCGAAAUACGACUUGUAGCCGCCAUCAUUCACUGACACUGUUCAAAACAUUCAAGCCAACAACUAUUAUUACAGCGAAAAUGCUCAAACUAAUCACAGACAAGUCGUAUUUCCUCGUUAUGUUCAUUCAACGGAGUGAUGAUUCGUUCUGUUUGCUUGUACUUGCGUUGAAAACCAAAGAAGUGUAAUAACCAAUAAUGAUCUAAAUAGAAACACCAAUAUUUGUGAAUGAUAAUUUUGUUGUAAAGAUUGUUGCUUUAUCAAUGUACAAGUGAAUAGAAUAUUUCACAUAUUCUAAGAUAUUGGAAAUCUUAUUUUCUCAAAAUACAUUUUUUUGAAGCGUU